AUGUCCUCCACGCAGAUGACUGUCUAUGGAAAGGACAAUGUCCUCUCACUUUUUCACCACCUUUCCACACAAGAGGUAUUCCUGCACAUGAGCAUCAUCUUCUUCCCCUUUCGAGGCAUCGCCCAUGGCGACGUUAUGGGAUUCCGAUACAGUAAUUUCAAGGGCAAGCCGUUGCGCCGCCAGCCCAUUACGGACCUGUACGAGUUUAUUCGGAAAAACGACAUCUGCUCUAUCCACCUUGGCGGCGAGCUGGAUCCAGCGGUCAGGGGCACUCAGAUCACCUACACGCUUCGCCAUCGCAUGUUUGUUAUCGACAUCGACACACAGACCCUAGAUCCCCAGGUUCAUCUCCUUAUGGUGAGUUUUAUUGCCGCCAACGUUUAUCAGAGCUUUAUCCGUGAAUCCACAAAAGACAUGCAACAGAUCCUGGUUUGCUGCAGUGGAAAGGGAUGGCACAUCUAUUUUGCAUUCCGUCAGCUAUACUGGAGUGUGCAGUCUGAAGACUGGCAGCGCGAUUUAGAGAGAGAUCUGCGCAAAAGCAUCAUGCGCUUUGUGAAUCCUGUACCCAUCCUGAGUGCCCGGAGCCCUUCGGAUUCGUACAUUACGUUUGCUAGGCAAGACUAUGCCUGGAGAAACGAGACUCUUGAGGGCACAGAGGGCACUGUGUGGAUCCCCUAUUGGUAUCGAGAAUGGUACGCUAUCAUUGAACCCCGCUUUGUCGACGCCUGCACAAACCACACACAGUGGUUGUCACAGUAUGGGCCUAUCAAGUCCGUCCUCCAUCAGAUGUGUUGCUUCGUCGAUGGUAUGGAAAAGAAGUUUAUGCUACACCUGUUUCAAUCUGUAUCUACCAUGACCAGCAUCAAGGACAUCUUUCGCUGGGUCCAGUCCAUGCGCGAGAAAGUUUCAUGGUUUCAAGCGGAUUGCAUGUUCAAGACGCCGGAAUUGGUGAAAGUAUCCAUUGCAUAUGCUUGUAUCGAGCUGGAAUGUCGCAAGACUGGGUUCUUUAUCGACAUGGGUCUUGCCGAUCCCACUCAUAUGCUACGGGCACCUUUUUCUCCAAAGAUCUGGGAUAACGGCGACGACGGUUUUAUCUCUCUCCCUCUUGGGGAUCCCUACACCGCCCUGAGCGCCACCAACUGCACCAUGCGGGUCAGUGAGUUUACACCAGAUGCCAUCGCUCCAAACGUUGCCCACUUCAAGAAUUGGUACAACCACUCUAUGCCCAAGAUCAUACCCAGGGAACCCAUGCCCGCCAACAAAAAGGGCAGCCUUGCUGGGCUAUCCAGCCGCAAGCUAUUCAUGGGCAAGACGAUCAAGAUAACACUGAGCGUGGCCAUGGUGAUGGAAUACAACCAAUUAACCUGGCCGCCUGGCAUGCAUGUGAUUGAAAUCGACAAUCUUAUGAUGGUGUAUGGCCCAGGGUAUGUUGCCUAUGCCACCAGUGGCGAUGCCAUGGACUUCUUCGAGUACCUCGCCGAUUAUGUAAACAAUCCGGAAAACCCACCGCAGUAUCCGCAUCGGCAUAACCUCGAGAUCCAUUACAAGGUCGUCCAAGGAACCAUCCCAUUGUAUGUCUUCCAUCGUCUCGAGCGCUUCCGCAUGCAUGGCAGUCAAGUGACAUCUUGGGAUAACUUGGUUAACACCCACGCACUGCGCACCCAAGUUCACCAGACCAUCCAAAACGCACCCGACUUCCUGCACCACAUGGCCAGAGCACAUCGCAGCCACUCGUUGAUUUUGGCCGAGAUAUAUCGAAUCAUGCAGGGCCUUACACCACAGAGCCCCAUCCCAGACGUCAACGAUGAUUUCCGCGAGCUCUGUGCCAAUCACAGGAGGUUAUACCACUCUAUUUUCCUUCUCUUUGCCAUGGACUUGCUUGAAUGA